GCUUGGAUAUAUUUUAAUGGGCACAGCCCCGCUAACGCAAUCAGUUUCACCUUCGCAAACGCAAACGCUAUGUGCUAUUACUAAUGAACGCUUAGAUAAUUCUUUACGCAACUUUUUUGAAUUGGAGGAUGUACCUUCCCCUAAGAGUAAUUUCCUUAGCACGGAAGAACAAGAAUGCGAAGAUAUUUAUAAAAAUACGACAGAACGCGAUUCUCACGGUCGAUAUAUCGUAGCUUUGCCGUUUAAGUCCGACCCUAGUGUGUUGGGUAACGCUUCGCUAAACGCAGAAAAACGCUUUAAUUAUUUAGAACGCAAAUUAGAAAAAUCACCUUCUUUACGCGACGCUUAUAAUAACAUUAUUGAUGAAUAUCUGGAGAAAGACUACUUGAGUCCAGUAACGCAAACUCGCUCUGACGUACAAUACGUUAUUCCGCACCACGGCGUUCAACGCGACGAUAAAGUUUCUACUAAAGUCAGAAUCGUUCUGGAUGCUUCUGCUGUUGAAAAUGACACAAGCUUAAACUCGCUAUUACAUAAAGGUCCUAAUUUACAAUCGGAUUUAUUUAUGCUAUUACUAAAUUUUCGCUUAUUUAAAAUUGCUAUUUGUGCAGACAUCAAACAGAUGUAUUUACAAUUAAAAGUUCAUCCAGAAUUUUAUAAAUUUCAAAGAAUUUUUUAUCGCUUUUGCAAAGAUGAUCCUUUGCAAUUAUUUGAAUUUAAACGCGUAUGCUUUGGCCUCGCUUCAAGUCCCUUUCUUGCGCUUCGCACAUUAAAGCAGUUAGCUGAAGACGAAGGCAAAAAAUACCCUUUAGCUGCUGCCGUAAUAAAUGCAGGUCAAUUUUACAUGGAUGACGUCAUAUGUACAACGCACACCGUAGAAGACGCAAUUGAGUUGGCCGACCAGUUAUCGGAAAUGUUCGCAGCGGGUUGCUUCGAUUUAUUAAAAUGGUCGAGCAAUUCAUCGCAAUUUCUUGAACAUUAUCCUAAAGAACUUUUGCACCCUUCGCUUGCUAUUAACUUUGAACCCGAAUCUAGUCAGAAGGUUUUAGGGGUUAAGUGGGAACCUCAUAAAGACUUGUUUACUUUUGACUUUGCACCUAAAGAAAUGAAAUGCACUAAACGCAACAUGUUGUCGGUCAUUGCUCAGUUAUUUGACGUUCUCGGAUUUGUAGCACCUGUCAUAUUAUUCGCAAAAUUACUAAUUAAAGAGCUUUGGCUUUUGAAAAUUGACUGGGACGAGGAGCCUCCCGCACAUAUUGCACAAACUUGGCUAAAAUUCCAAAGCGAGUUACACAUUUUAUCUCAAAUAUCGAUACCUAGACAUGUCGGUAUAACGCAAAACUGUGAAGUAAAUUUAAUUGCUUUCUCGGAUGCAAGUGAAAAGGCUUAUGGUGCAGUCUUAUAUAUUCACGCAAGCACACCAAACGGAAUCGUUGUUAGUUUACUCUGUGCCAAGUCCAAGGUUGCACCAAUUAAAACAGUAUCGCUUGCUCGCUUGGAACUAUGUGCAGCUUAUUUGCUUUCUAAGUUGGUACGCGCUGUGUUGACAAAUUAUUGUUCUCGCGUUACUAUUGCUCGCACAUACGCAUUCUCGGACUCGACAGUCGCUCUCAAUUGGAUAAAUUCCAGUCCGCAUAAACUAAAAACAUUCGUCGCUAAUCGGGUAUCGAAAAUUCAAAAUAAUUUAGCCCCGGAAAACUUCUUCCACGUUUCUGGUAAAGAAAACCCAAGUGACUGUUUGUCUCGUGGUUUAACUCCCUCUCAACUUGCUUCUCAUCCUUUAUGGUUUAGCGGCCCAACUUGGAUGCGCGAAAGCUGUAAAGAUUGGCCCGUUAAGCAAUUCGCUCCAGAUUUAAACGAUUUACCUGAGACUAAAACAGUCGUAUUAAAUAAUGUCUUACCAGAAAAGCCUCUUAUAUUGGCUAUCGCGGAACGCUCGUCCAAUUGGUCGAAAUUGCUACGCAUCUUUGUGUACAUUUUACGUUUUUCUAAACGCAUAAUUACUCGCGGAUUAAUAACCGCAGAGGACUUAAAUGCCGCUGAAUUGUUUAUCAUUCGCUCGCUUCAAGAAGUUUAUUUCUCUGAAUAUAUAGAAGCCUUAAACAAAGGUACGGCUUUACCGCGCGCUAUAAGAAAAUUACGCCCCAUAUUAGUAGACGGAAUUAUACGCGUUGGUGGACGUUUAUCUGCCUGCAAGGAUAUUUCGUUUGAUCAUAAACAUCCUAUUUUGCUUCCUAGCAAGGAUCAUAUUGUUAAUUUAAUUAUCGAAUACGUUCAUCGCAUUAGUUGUCACGCGGGACCGCAACUCACAUUAUGUUUAUUACGCAAGAAAUAUUGGAUCCUGUCCGCACGGAGAAUCGUCCGCGCUCGCAUACAUGCCUGCGUUCCUUGUUUCAAAACUCGGCCGACACCUUACCAGGCACCGGUUAUGGCUGACCUACCUGCAUGUAGGUUGGAUAUUUCUAAGCCAUUCGCGCAUACUGGAAUAGAUUAUUGUGGCCCCUUUUAUACAACACUCGCUAGAGGACGCGGUAUAAAAAGUCACAAAGCUUAUGUUUGUGUUUUCAUUUGCUUAACUACGCGAGCCGUUCAUGUGGAGGUCGCACCUGACUUAACUACGGAGUCAUUUCUAAAUGCUUUGAAAAGGUUUCUUAGUAGAAAGGGCCCGAUUCAGCGGAUCUGGACGGACCACGGCAGUAACUUCGUUUGUGCUAAAUCCUACUUAAACGAGGUUUAUGAAUUCUUGAAUACAACUUAUGAUAACGCCUUUAAAAAUGAACUCGCAAAUAAUCGCAUUUCGUGGACGAUGAUUCCGCCCAACGGCCCUCAUUUUGGCGGGGGAUGGGAAUCGACAGUUAAAUCCUUUAAAACGCAUCUAUUUAGAGUCAUAGGUUCACAGAUAUUGACUUAUGAAGAACUACUUACGGUGUUGUGUCAAAUUGAAGCUUUGCUUAACUCGCGACCACUCGGAAUGCUUAGUGAGGAUCCAACGGAGCCCUUACCAAUCACGCCAGCUCACUUUUUGAACACAACACCUCUCCAAGUUCUGCCAGCUGCAGACGUCGCUAACGAAAAUUCUCGCUUACUCUCACGCUUUUCGCUUUUAGAUAAAUUAGUACAAUCAUAUUGGAAACGCUGGCGAGAAGAAUAUUUACAAACGCUACAGGUUCGAGCAAAAUGGAAUACGGAAUCUCGACCAGUAAAAGUUGGUACAAUAGUUUUAAUCAAUCAAAAUUGCGCACCACUGCACUGGCCGUUAGGCAAAGUCGAGAAAGUCUUUCCAGGCCCAGAUGGCCGUAUUAGAGUCGCUUUAGUUAGAACAAAGAAUGGUACACUCGAACGACCUGUAGUGCGCUUAUGCCCACUUCCUGUUGAGCUUAAUAAUUAAUCUUUUCUAAGUUACGCAAUUUAUAUUUUUUAGUUUCUAAUUAUUACUAUUUAGUCUCUCUUAGAUAAUUAAUGCUCAGUAAGGUUAAUCGCUGUCCUAGUCAUGGAUAUUUUAAUUUUAUAUACUCUUUAUUUAAUAGUGUUUUCUUGAAACGACGUUUCAAGGGGCGGGAGCUAUGUUUGCGCCAUUUCCUUCUCUCUCGCACUCCUAUAAACCUUAAUUACCCAUCUCACUCCCCCGCCUUCGCGUACAUUCGAAAACUCACACGCAAGAUUCAACGCCAGUCGCUAAAAACGCAUGUCAACGAUCGAUCGUGUGUAAACCGCAACGCGCUGCGCGCAAAUAAAUAAACCCACGUUGUUCACGCAAAAAUCGAGCCAAAAUAAAGUGAAGUGCUGUGCUGUGAACCGUAAGAAGGGAAGACUGAAGAUAAGAAGCGAGCGAAAGACCAUCCUGUUCAUGUGACGUUUAUUUUUAAUCCAUUAAAGGUUUUCUAC